GGUCACAAGACUCGACAGUUAAAAUACUGCCGUAACACUAACAUCGACAUUCGGGUCACAAUUUCCAAUUUUCGUUCGUCUCACUGCUAUAUUCAGCACAAUCUGACACUGCUACUUUGAAGUCGGAGCAAAGUUUUGCUGAUAUCUCCAAAACACAAAAUUUAAAUAGAAAGUGAUUGUUUUUGAUGAUGAUGGUGUGCAGACCAACCUCACAAGUAGCCUACUGUACUAAAAGCCAUUGACAUAUUGAUCACCAAGGCUACUUAGUUUGCAGUCAGUGUGCAAACUAGUCAAAAGGUGUCGCCUAUCAAGAUAAUGGAAUCAAUUAUAAAAUGUAUUCAACUGAUACAUCUGUUGGCAUUUAAUUUUGAUAAUCAAACCAAAACAUAUAUUUGUUGAAUAAUCUAAAGCAUCAUCAUAGUGCAUUAUUUCUUGAAAGUCACGUGGCUCUGACAACUGUCAACUUCUGCCAUCCUUUCGGGAGGUCAGUACUCGUACUGUUUGGAUGUAGAGGAAUUAGCACAGCUGGUCUAAAUGUCCACGAGCUUACAGAAAGCCAUUGACAUAGUCACCAAGGCUGUAGAAGAAGACGAGAAAAAGAAUUAUGAGGAAGCCUUGAGGCUGUAUACGCAUGGUGUGGAGUCCUUUCUCCAUGCAAUUAAAUAUGAGGCAGAUAGUGACAAAGCCAAGGAAAGUAUCAGAGCUAAGUGUAUUUUAUAUUUGGACAGAGCAGAGAAAUUAAAACAGCAUGUCAGUGGCAAGAAGCAGAAAGCAGUAAAGGAUGGCAGUAGUGGUGGAAAUAAAAAGAAAGGAGACAAUGACAGCAGUGACAGUGAUUCAGAAGGAAAUGCCGAAAAGAAAAAGUUUCAGACACAGCUGGAAGGGGCCAUUGUGAUGGAGAAACCUAACAUUAAGUGGGACGACGUAGCAGGUCUGGAUGGAGCCAAAGAGGCUUUAAAAGAGGCAGUCAUUCUGCCCAUUGAAGGUAAAAGACAGCCACAGAGGGGUAUAUUAUUGUAUGGGCCCCCAGGGACAGGGAAGUCUUACCUAGCCAAAGCAGUAGCCACAGAAGCCAAUAACUCCACCUUUUUCUCAGUGUCUUCAUUUGAUUUGGUCUCAAAGUGGCUCGGAGAAAGUGAAAAAUUAGUAAAGAAUCUAUUUGAGAUGGCAAGAGAACACAAGCCGAGCAUUAUUUUCAUAGAUGAUUUUGACUCCCUCUGCUCGUCCAGGAGUGAUAACGAGUCUGAGUUGGCCAGGAGAAUUAAGACAGAGUUUCUUGCACAAAUGCAGGGUGUUGGAACUGAUAAUGAUGGAAUUUUGGUGUUAGUAGCCACAAAUAUUCCUUGGGUUCUUGACUCUGCUAUAAGGAGAAGCUUUGAGAAAAGAAUCUACAUCCCACUCCCAGAAGCCCCUGCUCGAGCCACCAUGUUUCAGUUGCAUCUUAGAAACACCCCAAACUUUCUCACCCAAGGGGACUUCAGAGUACUAGGACUGAAGACUGAGGGGUAAGCUGUUAAUCAGUGUGAACUGUGUGAGGCCAUUCAAGUCAUGCGAAACUAGGGAAAUUUGAGCACUAUAAAAUUAUAUACUGAUUAUUAUUAUUUCACUGUACAUAUAUAUAAGGCCUUUUUACAAUAAUUUGAUAAUCAUUCAUUUCUAUAAUUGCACAUUACAUUAUAUAUCAUCUUUGUCCAUUUCUAAGAAUGACUUUUUGUGUA